AUGGUCAAUGAGCAGACUUCUUCCGAUGGAAGCAAGCUAGAUGCUUCCAAUCCUUUCUUCAUCCAUCAUUUCAAUCACCCAGAAAUGAUGUUGGUUUCGAAGCCCCUUCAUGGGGAUAAUUACACGACUUGGCAUCGCUCCAUGACCGUUUCCUUGAGUGCCAAAAACAAUGCAAUUUAUUCCACCACCGCUCACGAAAUUUGGGAGGAUAUCGGUGAGCGUUUUUCUCAAAGCAAUGCUCCUCGUAUUUUCCAGAUCCAGCGGGAUAUUGCUUCUCUUACUCAGGACCAAUUGUCCGUGGCAGCAUAUUAUACUAAACUGAAAAGUUUAUGGGAUGAGUUGGCUUCUUAUAGUGACUCCACUUCUUGGACAUGUGGGGCUCAGAAUGAGCGAAAUAAACUGAUGCAGUUUCUUAUGUGGCUCCACGAGUCCUACAGUGCGAUCCGUGAAACCAAGGACAUCCAAUCGUUCGCCACUUCAUUGCUCCUAUUGCGAUCAAUACCAUCACACUCGAGACGCUAUAAAUUAAACGUCUAUCCACCAGGCCAUCGUCUCCACAAAUCCCACACCCGUGAUGGCAGCCAAAAUCGUGGUGGCAAUCGCUCCAAACGUAAUGGGGGCUCUUCCUCUUCGGUGAACCUCGUUUCUGACGGUCCAUCCCUUCACGAUCUACGGUCUGCCUUGCCCAAUCUCUCUGAUACACAGCUCCAGCAGGUUCAUUCCGUUGUGCAUGACAACGGUGCUGAACCAUGUACUUCUACUCCACAAGCCAAUGUCGCUGGUAGUGUUCAAGGUUUGUUUACAGCUCCAUUGCGCCUCCCUCGAUGGAUCAUUGACAGCGGCGCUACUGACCACAUCACUUCUUCAUCCGAUUUGCUUACCAAUGGUGUCAAAAAUCAUACCUUACAACCGGUCCUUAUGCCCAGUGGGGAUCGGGUUAAGAAGACGAUGAUUGGUUUGGGUAAGCAACAUGGAGGACUCUACUACCGGCAUUGCACUCUCUUCCACCUGGCUCCGCCAGCCGAUCCUGCCAUCUUGCUGUUCCAUCCACCGACCUGUGGCACCGAUGUUUUACAUAAUUUCCAAUUUCGAGAGGAUUAACUUGACACAAUUCGACCCAAAUUCCAAUUAUCUAAGGCGGUUUGAGUUGUGUUCAUGUAAAAACACCAUCUAAACUAAUUUAAUAAAGACG